AAACAUUUGUCAUUCCAUUACGGAAUCUAUUAGUAUUUAAUUAUUAUUCCAAUUGACAAAUGUUAAGCAUAAUCAUUUUGAGCAUUUUGUGAAUAAAAGGAAUAGAGAACAUCAAGCAAGUGCGUAGUUGGAACCAGAAACGGUCUCACUCCCCGACAAUUCUAAUCAUCAUCAACCGAUUCCACCGUAUUUAACCCUCCAUCUCCGGCCCCAUUUCUUCUCUAAAAAAUUUCGUUUGCAAUCUCUAUUACUUUUUUCCGGUCAAUUCUCCAAUCAUGCCGCCCACGGACCACCAUGGUUCCUUCCUCAAUCGGAUCAGCAUCCGCAGGAACCAGGUCGUCUCCAUGGACAUCAACCAUGAACAAGAGCUUGAAGGGCUCGAAUUGUUUCAGAAACACGUUUCCGAUCGUUUCAUUCAACUCUUGCCACCUCAAACUCCCUUACCUCCCAUCGCCGGAGAAGAAAUACCCGUCGUCGAUACGCCAGAAACCUUCUUAUCCAUCGCUUGGUUCCGAAAACUCCUCGACGUUUAUCUUUGCUGCGAGUCUGAAUUUAAAGCGGUCUUGAUCAUUGGCCGGGACGCCACUCAUUUCUCCAAACCGCCACUCGACCGGUUGAUCCCAGAUCACCUCGACCGGACCGUCAAGGCUUUAGAUAUCUGUAAUGCGAUUACUCAUGGAAUUGAGCUGCUCCGCCAUUGGCAGCGGCUUGCCCAGAUUGCGGUGGAGGCGCUCGAACAACGGCCAAUAGUUGAAGGACACGUCAGAAGGGCAAAACGAGCUUUGAACACUCUCUUGACAUCGAUGAUGGUUGACGACAAGGAGAACAACCACCAAGUUGGAAAAUCAGCUGAACGAAUGUGGUCGAUGAGCCGCCGCGGAGGUGGUGUUGUUGCUCCUCCGACUGUUAAGCAUAAUCGGACGAUUAGUGGAAACCCCAGAUCAUUUUCUUUUUGUUUCUCGAAAUCAUGGUCUGCAUCAAAGCAGAUCCAGGCGAUGUCGAACAAUCUUGUGGCUCCCCGCGGUGGCGAGCCAACUGGUCUGGCUCUUCCGGUGUACGUAAUGAGUUCAGUUUUGGUUCUGGUCAUGUGGACGAUGGUUACGGCGGUGCCGUGUCAGGAAAAGGUGGGGCUGGGGACCCACUUCCAACUUCCGAGACACCUGGGGUGGGCACAUCCGAUGAUCGGAUUGCAGGAGAAGAUCGGAGAGGAGUGGAAGAAGAAGGAAAAGAAAGGGACUGCGGGUCUGUUGGCGGAGAUUCAAGUGAUAGAGAGAGUAGCUCAGAAUCUUAUUGAAUUCACGGAGGUGUUUGAGUUUCCGUUAGGGGUGGAGAAGGAGGAAGAAGUGGCGGAACAGGUGAUGGAGUUGGCGGAGAUAUGUCGGGGAAUGGAGGUAGGGUUGGGGCCGUUGCAGUUGCAGGUUAGGGAGUUGUUUCAUAGGAUGGUGAGGAGCAGGGCGGAGGUGCUUGACGUCAUAGAUCAAGUCGGUAAAAUUACGACGCCAGUUUUUUACUAAAAAUAGAGUCUUUAUGUGUUUGUACAUUUGUUUUUUAGGCACAUAUAAGUUUUAUUUUUGUUUUCAUUUUUUGUCUUAUUUCAUUGAUAUAUCCUGAUUUUAUAGAAAAUAUGAACAAAGAGCAACAAGCUGCUUAUAGUGUGGAUUUUUUUUAGCAUAUUACUAAUGGGUAAGGAUGAAAUUGGUGUUCAA